AUGUCGUUCCACAAAAAGAAAUUCACGUUCGACGACCCAGAAGACAGUUAUUGGAACGAGAGCGAUUCGAACAAUUCCUCGCUUUUCGACGAUUUGCAAUCCAAACAAGUUAUUUAUCCAUCAUUCUUGUUGGGACUUUGAUGGAGUAGUUUAGUUACAAGCCCGAGCCGCCGUUGACAACCUCUUCGGGCAGGAAGAUGCGGUAGCCGUUCCGAAAUUCCCGAAAAGCAACUUGACGACACCUGUUCCCAAUGAUGUUCAGCUUUCUAGGUUGAAGGAAAUACCGUAAAUGAAAAGAAUUAUGAUUUUCAGUGCAUCACCAAAAGUUUCCGGGAAACUGGUCGAUGAUUUUUUGAACAACCGCUUGGCGGAGGUGAAAUUGGUCGGUUUAAUAAGUGAAAAAAGACCUUUUUUUAACGUUUCUUGAAGUUUAUGAUAGCUAAAAAUUGAUAAUUCGUUUCAAGACCCCGGAAAAAAUGCCUCCAUCAGCCCCUUCGGUAGUUUCCGAAGCCAGUGCGAGCAGCUUGCCAAGCGAGGCUCAGAGAUUGGAUUUGGACUAUUCAAGGCUCAAAGCCGAGCAUCGGAAGCUUCAGCAACAUCUUGAGGUUCGAAAUGGCUCGAAAUUUCCGUUUCGAAACGAUAUUUUCAAGACAGUGAGACACGACAGAUUCCGUCCGAUUGACGUUAAUAAAGCCGUGGAUCGACUAUUGAGGGGUCAGCACGUGGCUUUGGAUUAUUAUCGAUCGAUGGAUGAAAAAGUUUUGCAAAAACCUUGCAAAAAAAGGAAAAAUGAAAGAGAAAUUUGCAGUUGGGACUUCUGAAAGCUUCGGUCAAUUGCCAUGACCCCAAUGUGGUUAUUCAGGUUUUCUUUUUCAAAUUUUUUCCGAAUAUACGAUAUCAUUUUUCAGGGUUUGAAAUCGCUUUUUUUAUGUAUUUUAUAUUUAAGUUUUGAAAAAAAUUAAAAAAAUGGAUUUUUUUGGGGCUUAAAAAAAUUGGCAGUUUUUCAGCUGAAUUUUUUUGAACUUGAAAAAAAUGAAAAAAAGUUUGAAAAAAAUCGAUUUUUGAAGGUUAAAAAUUGCCUUUUCUAUCUCAAUUUUUAGAUCAAAGCUUAAAUUAAGGCAUCAAAAAAAUUAUUUUUUUCCGGAAUUUAAAAGAAGAAAAAAAGGCUUUUUCCAUUUUUUUAAUGACCAUAUAAAAAAAUUUCCUUGAAAAAAAUUGGACUUUUUUUGAAAAAAAUUUUUUUAAACUUAACCCGUUAUUUGUCAAACGUAACGUCCAGAAGGUGACUGGGGAAGUUAAAAACGGUGAUUAAUAGUUUUUUUUUUCAAAGGGGCCAAAUUUUUAGGGUUUCUUGUGUAGUUUAAUGAUAAAAAUUUUUGCGAUUUCUGAAGGAUAUUGAUAAUUUAAAACUAUUAAAAUCGAUUUUUUUGAAGGAAAAAAAGUUGGCGUUUUGUUCAAAAACUUGAGCUGAAAUUUGAGCGUUUCAUAGGAUUUGACAUGAUUUUUCUCGGAAUUUGUGACUUUUUCAAAGUUUUUUUAAUGACCAUAGAAGCCAAAUAAAAAAAUAAAAAUCAGCCAAACAAUCUGUUGAAAUUUUUUUAAAAGGAGAAAAAAAGUGACUCUCCCAAUUUUUUUAAUGAGCAUAUAAAAAAAUUUCCUUGAAAAAAAUUAGGGCUUUUGAUAUUAAAGUUUAACCUGUUAAAUUUUUUUGAAACGUCUAAGAGGUGACUGGGGAUGUGAAAAAAAGCUGUUAAGUAGCCAUUUUUUUCGAAAAAUAGACCAAAUUUUUUUAUGCUUUUUUUCUUGCUAUUCAAGGAUAAUGCCUUGCCGUUCGUGCAGUUUUUUUGAAUCGUAUUAAAAAUUUGAAAAAAAUAUAAAUAUCAAUUUUCUAAUGGUUGAAAGUUGGAAUUUUUGUCAAAAAAACCAUUUUUUUGUUGAAAAAUUCGAUAGGAUUCGGAUGAUUUUCGUCGAAAAAUUUCGAAAAAAAUUAGUGAUUUUUUUAAAGUUUUUGAAAAAAAUCAUAGGAGCUUAAAAAAAUAUAAUCCGUUUGAAAAAAAUUCAUAAUUUUGAACUUUUUAAUGUUGUCCAAAGGGUUGGAAAAAGGUACAAAAAAAUGCUGAUGAAAAGUCAAUUUUUUUCGAAAAAUUCACUAGAUUUUUUUAGCCUUUUUGUGUAUUUUAAUGAGGAUUUUUUGCAGAUUGUGCAGUUCAUGAAGUGUAUUUACAUUUUGAAAACAUUCAAAUCGAUUUUUGGAGGUUCAAAGUUCGAAUUUUCGUCCAGAACCCUUUCAUUGAGCUGAAAUUUUAACGUUUCAUAGGAAUUUAAACGACUUUUCGAAGUUUUUAAAGAUCAUAGAAGCUUAAAAAAGUAGGCUGAUUGAAGAAAUUCAUAAUUUUGAACUUUUAACAGUUUCAAAACGUCCAAAAGGUGACUGGGGAAGUAAAAAAUGCUGAUAAAUAGCCAUUUUUUUUUCGAAAAUUCAUCAUUUUUUUAAACUUUAUUGCGUAUUUUUUUAUGAGAAUAUUCUGCAGAUUGUACAGUUCCUGAAGCGAAGUUUGAAAGAAAAACUCUUUUUCGACGUCUUGAGGGAAAGCCCCGAAGCGGUCAGCGUCUACGUGGAACAUCUCCAAUCAGCCGACCAGAGCGACGAACUUUGCAAUUUUUUAUUGUGUGUUUUGGGCUAUAAAAUCAAGUUUUUAGCGUUAAAAUCGAGUUUUACGAUGAGAAAAUUCAAGUUUUUAGCGUUUUAGUUCAGUUUUUCUUGAAAAAAAAAUUGAUUUUCUAGCGUCAAAGUUUAGUUUUUCAUGAGAAAAGUCAAGAUUUCAGCUUCGGAGCUCAGUUUUCAUGGGAAAAGUCAAGUUUUUAGCUUUGGAGUUCUGUUUUUCAAGUGUUCAGGGUUAAAAUUGAGUUCUACCUUACGAAAAAUCAGGAUUUUUGCCUCAAAAUUAGGUUUUACUGAAAGAAAAUCAAGGUGUUAUCUUAAGAGCUCAGCUUUUCUAGAGGGAAUCAAGUUUUCAGCUUAGAAAUUCAUUUUUUCCAUGAGAAAAGUCAGAAUUUUACCGUCGAAAUUGAAUUUUUCUGCGAAAAAUGUUUUUAUUGAUUCAAUUAUCUAGAUUAAAAAAACUGAUUUUUUUCAGUACUUUUUUUAUGAUUUUUUUGAACAAUUAAUCACAGGUAUUGUCUUAAAAAUGAACAAAAUUUCAGCUGAUUGUCACGUUUUUCGAGGCUUUUUUUGUUCGUAUUUCAGAGAAAUGGUCGUUUUUUUCGAGAUUUUCAGAUUUAAAUCUACUUUUUUUUAUAGAUGUUCUUCUUUAGAUUGAGUGGGAAUAGUUCUGAUAUAAUUUCAUAGUUAGAAAAAAAUAAAAAAAUAUGUUUUUCAGUGCGAUGGGAAAAAAUUCGAACACGCGGCGAUGGCCGAAUAUUCGGCCGCCUCAAGGUGCAAGCAAAAAGAGAGAAAGGUAUGAAAUAAUAAUUUAAAUCUUUUUUUAGCCUCCCGGUUGAUAUUUUGAUACAACUUACUUGCUUUUAGGAUCUUUUUAAUUUAUGAAAAAGAAAAAAAUUAUUUUUUUGAAUGCUUCAAAAAUCAGCAAACGCAAUGAAAAAUUAAAAGAAAAAGGCGUUUUUUUAAGUUUUAUAACUAGCAGUUUAGAUCUGUUUUUCCUUAAAAAGUUCUGAAAAAGUUGUCCAAGGUCCUUAAAAAAAGAACAAAAAAAUUCUAAAAAUGUGCAAAAGUCCCUACUUAUCUCUUUUUUUCUACCUGUUUGAAAAAAAUUUUUUUAUCUCUCAUUAUCUUAAUUUUACUACUAUGAUCUUCUCUUUUCAACAUCUUUCCAUUUGCAUGAUAAGGGGUUUAAAGACCUUUUUGAGUUCCUAAAAAGUUCUGCUCCUUCUCCCGGCUUUUUCAAGAAAAAUGACUCUUUCUUUGGAUUUUUGUUAUUUUUUUCUUGGCUUUCAUUACGAACUUUUUAUCUGCAUAAAAAGGCUUCUCCGAUAAAAGUUAUUCAAAAGGCGCUAGGAAGGUCUUUCAAAGGCUUUUUUAAUAGGGAACGUUUUUUACCCUCCCGGUUGAACUUAUGAUGAAACUUUGCUAAAACUACCUCCCUGAGGCAAAAACUUGUAUUAUUAUGAACAAAACUACCUCCCGGAGGUUGGAACUUGAUUUGAUUCCCUAAUUUUCCGAAAUUCUCGAGAGCCAACCCCUCCUUCCGGACAGUAUGAGUUCUGUACUUGCUCAUCUAUGCUUGGAAGGUUUUUUGAAGGACUUUUUUAGGCAUUUUCAAACUUUUCUCCUCAAAAAGUAACCAGGAAAACGUUCAGAUCCAACUCCUUCGGAACAGUAUGACGGGCUCUUUCUCGAUCCCCGAACUUCGGGCCGAGCAAGUCAUUAUCAGCGAUCAGAUCAUGUUGCUCGAAACUCAAACUGCCAUUGAGGUUCAUUUUAAAAAAUUGCAUGGCUUAGAAAAAAAAAUGAAAAAUUAUGGAAAAUUCAGUGGCUUCGAAGAGAGAAAAAGUAGUUAAAUUUUUUUAAAAAAUUAAAAAAAAAUUUCGGCAGGAAUUUGAGAAUUUAGAGGUUUUGAAUAGAGAACUUGAAGUUGACAGAAAAAUUAAAGUCCUGAAAAAAAGGACUUUUUUUAGCUUUUUAAAAAUUUGAAUUGUAAAAACGUUGUUUUUUUCGGUUUAGAAAAAGCUGAAAAAUGGAAAAAGCGGUUUGAAAAAGUGAGCGAAAAUCCCUAGAGGGGCUACUUUUGCAAGUACCCUAAAUAGGGAAGGUAAGAUGUUCCUUAAAAGGCAGGCUUCAAGGUCCCCUGAGCUUGCCCCUAUAGGGACCACUCUGGAAUUCCUAUCGUAGUGCACAAAAUUAAUGGAGACCAUUUCUUUCAUUUUUGAAUUUUUCUGAAUUGGUGAACCGAAAAGUUUUGGCAAAGAGUAAAAAAUUUGCACUUUCCCAGCAGUCUCCGAACAUUUUUUUCAAGUUUAUCAAUAUUCUAUUUUAAAGAAAAAAAGUCUAUAAUCAAUCUUUUUAAAAGUUCAAAUUUUUCGUCUUUUUUUGCGAAGAAAAAAAGCCGAAAAAGGGAACUUUAUUGGAUGAAAAAUAUGAUAUUUAGAAUUUUCUCAAUCUUAUCGAUUGAUUCAUCACUUUUUAGAGCAUCGACGCCGCUUCCAAAUCCGAUUUGUUCGUGAAAUAUCCCAAAAAUCGGUCGGUUAUCGGGACUUCCGUCAUCGCCACGCUCUAUUAUUGCUGUCUGUAUCAUUAUGAUGAUAAUUUGGUACUUUGUAUCAUGAUUUUUGUUGUGAAAUGGAUGUUUUUUGAAGACUUCUAUAACCAAUCCGGUGAAUUUCCGAGAAAGAAUGAAAGUCGACGAAAAACAGUACGUUUGGGUGGCCGUGUCCGCCUUGACCCGCCAGAGUCGGUGGGGAAUUUUUGAUUUUUGAUGAUGAAUUUCGAGAAAAUAGGCUUGAAAUGGGAGAUUUGAGCCUUUACAACGCCAGAGGGGGCCCUAUAGGGGCAACCUUUGGGGUCCUUCAAGGGGCCACUUUACCAAACCCUACAGGGGUCACUAGAGCUUGAAAAUUAGCACGACGUCUUUUUAGUUCAAAAAUGUGAACAAAUUUUAAAAGAUCUCUCUAGGGACCACUUAGGAACUGGCUUGCAGAAGUGGCCCCUUUAGGGAUUCAUCUAGUGAUCACUCUAGGGAUCAUAUUUUUGGCCCCGGGACGUUGUUCUAACACUUCUUUUAAUAUGUAGAAUGUGAAAAAAAGGAUUACAAGGCCCCUCUAGGGACCACUUUAGCGUUAGGGGCCUCUGAACCCUCAUAGGGACCACUUGAAUUUUACCCCUAUAGGGGUCCCUUUUUUGUCCUAUCUGAGGCUUAUUUUCUCCCUUAACCCCUAUAGGGGCCACUUGAAUUUUACCCCUAUAGGGAUCACUUUACAGACCCUGAUAGUGGUUACUUUUCCCGUAACCCCCUUAGGGACCACCUACAUCCUAACCCUAUAGGGAUCACUUUACAGACCCCUACAGGGCUCUUUUUAAGCCUUAACCCCUCAAGGGACCACUCUGGCCUUCCUAAGCCUUUUUUUUUUACAAGGAAAGCUGAAUUUUUUCUAGAUGGCCUGACAUUGAGCGACUUUUACAGCCCAGAAACUCGGUCAUAGGAAAUUUACCGGCCCGAGGUUGGAAUUAAUUGAAAAAAAUUCAUUAAUUAAGAUUUUUUUUAGGCAUUUUAUCAUCACUCAACACCAAGUGGAAUUGCCCGUUUUUCCUGGGAAAGCCUCCUGAAAUUGAUCAGCUCGAAUCGAACCGUUCCGCCGAAAGAUGUAAGAUCAGAAAAAUGGAAAAAUGGGAUAUGUUGCUCCAUUGAUAAUUGGGCUCAAAAAAAUUUGUAAUUUUUUUAAAAAAGAAAUGAUAAUUAUUAAAACCCUUAAAAUCGUUAUUUUGUUAUUUUUUUAAGGUUACAGUGUGUUCAAAAGUCGAGUUUCAAAAAAACACAGCUAAAAAAAAAUACCGUAACCCAGCUUUUAUUGCGCCUCGGCUCUAAUGCGAAAACGGCUCGAAAAGACUACAAAAAAGGUCUCGAAGCGAAUUUUGGUAUACGGUAUUUUUUGAAGGAAACAAGGAACCAGUUCUCGUGGAAUGGACUAUAUAGCCUUUUUCGAAUUUUCAUGUUUUUUGUAGCCAUUUUUUGGAUAUUCUGGUGGAGUACCCUUCUGAAAAAUUUCGUGAACUUCAUUUUGAGAGCUUUUCCUUCUUUUUUUAAACUUUUUUCCGAUUAAGGUCACUAUUUUUGGACUUUUUCUUUGACUUAUUGCAAAAAUAUGAUUUUUUCCAGUUCUACUGCCGAUUGUUGCGUGGCGUUAGUGAUCAAGCUGAACGGCUACGUCUCGCCAAAGAGUUUGAUGUUCCUGAGGUUGGUUUGAAGAAAAAAGAAGACCCUAUAGGGGCCACUAGGGCUGUAGAACUUGAAAAAACGGAUUCUAAACCCCUAUGGGGAUCGCUUGAGCUUUAGAGGCCUGAUUUCUGGUGCUAAACCCCUAUAGGGGCCACUUUAGGCUUAGGGGUGCGUGGGGUCUGACCAGAAACCUCUCUAGGGACCACUUGAGCUUUAGGGGCCCGGGGAAUCGACCUUGAAUCCCUAUAGUGAACAAGUAGGAAGUAGUAGACCCUAUAGGGGCCACUUGAGCUUAGGAAGCUCGGGGGUCAGACGCUGAACCUCUAUAAGGAUCAAAGGAGAUGUAGAAGGUCCUAGAGGGACCACUUGAGCUUUAGGGGCCUGAUGUCUGGCCCGAAACCUAUAUAGCGACCGAAUAGGAAGUAAAAGACCCUGUAGGGACCACUUGAGGAGCCUUAAAGGCGUAGUGGUCUGACCCUGAACUCUUCUAGGGACCAAAAAGGGAGUAGAAGAUCCUAUAGGGGCCACUUGUGGUUUAAAGGGCUCGAUGUCUGACCCUGAACCCCUAUAGCGACGAAAUAAGGAAGUAGAAGACCCCAUAAGGACACUUUAGCUUUAGAAGCUCGAUAGUCAGACCCGAAACCUCUAUAGAGACCACUUGAGCUAAAGGAGCCUGAUGUCUGACCUUAAACCCCUACAGUGACCAAAUAGGUUGUGGAAGACCCUAUAGGGACCACUUGAGCCCAAGGGACCCUACGUCUGACCCUGAACUUCUAAAGUGACCAAACAAAAAGGGGAAGACCUUAGAGGAACCACUAGAGUUUUAGAAUCUUGGGGGUCAUAUCCUAAACCCCUAGAGGGGCCACUUGAGCUUGAAGGGCCUGGAGGUCUGACCUUUAACCCCUAUAGUGGGCGCUUUCCGGUCUCCUAUAGAGGCUGUUUCCCCCCUGACCCCUCUAGGGAUCACUCUGACGUUCCUUAGAGCUAACCAAGUCAAAAAUCAGAUAAUCAUCGAGAGUUUGGUGACGGAACGCGACCGCGCAACGUUGUCUUCCUACGCGAUGAAGCUUCCCCCGAAUUCUCCCGAAGCAUUCAAAGCCCUCGCCGCUUUGAAUAAUACGGUAGCCAAUAUUUUGCUGUGUUAUUUUUAAUCAAAAUGAUUAUUUUACAGAGUAUCAAGUGGAAAAGCUGA